AUGGCUCACCCUAACCCCGUGCCUAAACUAUACAAGUCCAUUAUCGAAGAUGUGAUUGAAGGUGUGCGGGAACUCUUUGCAGAAGAGGGUUUAGAGGAACAAGUUCUGAAAGACUUGAAGCAGCUUUGGGAAACCAAGGUGAUGCAAUCUAAAGCAACAGAAGGCUUCUUCAGACAUAGCCACCAUUCUCCACAGUUUACCCUGCAGUUGCCGCACAAUUUUCACCGUGUUCUGCAGGCUUCAGCAGCUUCUUUAGUCAUCCCAACUGGCAGAGGUUUUCAGCAUUUCAUGGCAGCAGACCUGGGUGCUUCACGAGCAGGUGCAACUCUUACUCUCCCUUCGGGUAUUGCUUAUCCUAUACAUGUACCAGCUGGAGUGACGCUACAGACAGCAUCUGGGCAACUUUAUAAGGUAAAUAUGCCUGUUAUGCUUACACAGGCCCCAGGAGAUGCAAGUAUUCUACAUCAUCCUGUUCAGCAGAUAUUUCAGCCCCUUGGGCAACCUUCAGCUCUGCAAGCCAACAGUGCCAGUGUUGCGCAGGUGAAUGCUGCUUCUGCCCAGGCGACUGCUGAAACGUUGCAACCCCAGGAGACUGCUGUCCAACAGACCAUGGUAUUUCAACCUAAUAUCAUGGAAAAAAACCACCUGGAGAACUCUGCCAAUAGUACGUUGGUCCAGCAGCCUUCUGUGAGUCAGCAGCAGCUUGCAACUAAUGCAGUGUUGAAUCAGUGUGCAGACUCAACAGAAAAAUCCCAGCACAGCAAUCUUCACACAGCUGUGUUUACUCCAGAAUCCUCUGAAGGGUUUUCUCCCGCUGAAUCCUUGGCAAACAACUCCAGCAGUGUACUGCUGGAUGUGGAGGGGCAGUUAGACACUGAGCCUCAGGAGUCGGUGCGACAGCAGGUGUCUGAUGAUAUCAUUGACCUGAUUAUCAUGGGCAAAAGUUUGGAUGAUAACGCUGUUCUGAACGAUCAGGACAGCAUUGCUUCCUCUGACAAGAUGGAACCUACUGAGCAGAUUGAAUCUAAUUUACGAUCAGGGAAGGAUAUCUGCAGUGACAUUGAAGGCAUAAUUCAGCUAGAUGGUACUGGUGAUGUUUCUCCCAAGGAAGAAAUACCACAUACAAAAGACAGGGAAGAGAAUGAAUUCAUUGGCAUUAUUGAAUCAGAGGAUCUAAAAGUUCUGGAGGAUGAGGAUGAGGAAGACGAUGAUGAAGAAUGUGACAGUAUUUCAAACACGGACUCUAGCAGCAGUGGUGGUGAUAAUGAAGAGCCCCAAAUAGAUAUAGUUGAGGAGGACCCCUUAAAUUCUGGUGAUGAUGUCAGUGAACAGGACACUCCAGACUUGUUUGACACCGACAAUGUGAUAGUUUGUCAGUAUGACAAGAUACAUCGAAGUAAGAACAAGUGGAAGUUCUACUUAAAAGAUGGAGUGAUGUCCUUUGAGGGUAAAGACCAUGUUUUUGCAAAAGCCAUUGGAGAUGCAGAGUGGUGAAACCUCACUAAAGUAUGUACUUUAAGUGUGGCAUUACUCCCUUAUGAACCUUCUGUGAAACAACUAGACUUUCCAUUGUUUUGCCAUAAAAAAAACCCCAAAACAACAAACCAACAAAACAACAAAGCUGUGAUAAAAAUAUGCAAAAUCAGGGUUGUUAAUACAUGCAAACUAAAACACUGUAUUGUUAGCUGCUCAGCUGUCUUUGCUGUUCUUUUCUGAUUAUUUCAUUACUUUUCUACCCAAGAAACAUCAUUGGAACGAAUAGAUUUAAAGACUGAAAUGUUGAAUCUGUUAGUAAUUCAAGAAAGUCAUGGAAUACUAAGUGACUAUAUGUAAGUAAAUUUCAGUUCUGUUGGUUUUCUUUCCACUUUUUAAAAUAAGAGCUAAAGUAUGACUUGAACUACACAGUUGUUGGUGAUACUAUCUAUUUCUUUUCAAAGGCUGCUGAGUUUAAAAAAGAAAAAAAAGCAACAUCUGUGCAAGUCUGAAACCUAUGGCUGUUUCAGCUGUGUACUUCUUUCUCCCCUUUCCUUCCUCCCUUACUCUUUUGUUGUUGCUUUGUGGGUUUUUGACUUCAGCUUAAAGGCAGGCACUUUAGAUUUAAGUCAGGAAAUGUGGGUGGAAGACCCCUGAGCUCUCAAUAUAUGAGAAUUAUUAUUGUUUAUUCUAUACCCUCUAUGUCUACUGAGAUGCAAUGAAUAGUGUGAUUUAACAUUAAAAUGUGAUUUAUUUUCACUGUCAAUGCAAAGUCAUUUCAGUUUGCUUCUGUACAUACUCACCAUGUUCUAGGACUACAGACCAGUAAGCUGUGAAUGAUACAAAUUGUGCAUAAUAAUAAAAUGUCAUCU